AUGUGGGACCUAUCCUAUCCACAGCCUCCAACACUUCUUAACUUGAUAUUUUCCCCUCCUCUUAUCAUGAUGGCUGCGGUCAGGUACAGCGAGGUACUCGAAACGAAGUGGCCAUUUCGUCCGAUCCGAGAUGUCGGGGGUUUCAUCGACCUUGACACAAUUAAGGCCUUCCCCACCGUCUACGGCGAUCUGCUCUUAGUCAGCUCGGAGGUCUUGCAUCCUCUACUGUAA